UAUAAGCUAUACAUCCUCCUUGCAUUUAUGCUGGAGACGUCGCCAGUGCUAUGGGCUUUGGCUUAUGUAGAUCAAAAAUGAUGAAUGGGAUUGUGGCACUCCACUCGCCGCCAAUGCGGAAGGAUGACGCCGAAAAGAAUGGAAGGCUCUUUUGCUCUGCUGCAUGCGUCGGAUCCCGUAGAACAAGCAAGCUCUUUACCCUAAAAUUAAAACAUAAGGGCGCAAAAGGCUAUCCUGCUCUAUUGUUACGUAGCAAUAGAAGCCUGCUUAUGUUGCUUCGGCGGCGUUUCGCCUUCUCUUCGCUCUGGACAGGAGCGCUAGUGGACACGGGGAGGGAGCAGGCGAAGCGUGUCGUUCGUAAUGGAAAGAAAGAGACCACUACUUCGCUUCUUUGUUGGAUCGCCGACGCGAACACAGUGGUCUCUGACCAGGACCAGGAACCAAUUCGAAUUUUGAUCUUGACAUGUCGGUGGUUUUUAACCGUAGGCAUUUUGCCAGGAAGUUGGUGGGCUCAUCAUGAAUUAGGUCGGGGUGGCUGGUGGUUUCGGGAUCCCGUGGAAAAUGCUUCUUUUAUGCCUCGGGUAUUAGCUACAGCUCGUAUUCAUUCAGUAAUUCUACCCCUUCUUCAUUCUUGGACCUCGUUUCUGAAUAUUGUGACUCUUCCAUGCUGUGUCUCAGGAACCUCUUCAAUACGGUCCGGAUUGCUAGCUCCCGUUCAUAAUUUUGCUACAGAUGAUACACGAGGAAUCUUUUUAUGGUGGUUCUUCCUUCUAAUGACCAGCAUAUCUAUGAUUAUUUUCUCCCAGACGAAGCAGCAGGCAUCGGUCUGUAGAACCUAUAAAAAAGAGAUGGUUGUGGCGCGAAGUACUCUUGUGCACCUACGUCACUCGGCUCGCGUGCAACCCCGCCCCGUUAUGUUAUAGAAGAAUUGAGCUUCUUGCUGGGCUGGUUAUUCAGAGCCAGCAAUUGGCUGUCGGAUUUCGUCCCGCAACUAGAAUAAGAUCGCUUCGGGGGUCACUAUGAUGUGGCUGAAUGUAGAGCAGCCCGCCCUUACAGCCUUUGAUCAGUAGAUUAUUUAGAACUUCGGAAGAUGGUCAAGGUAGCUUGCUUCCAAGCCACUACACUAGAUGCGCAUGUAGUCAUAGUAGUCGGCCCACAAUGCCUCUGUUCUAUACUAAAAUACUAUUUCGUAUGAAUGGGGAAUUAAGUCGCUCUUUGAUCUGCAGAAUAAGGCCUACGAGCUCUCUCUUUUUAUGGCAGAGAUCUCUCCACACCAAGGAACCAAAUCACAAUGGAUCGAACAA